GUUUUGAUUGAGCGCAAGUCCCAAAAACGCCGCGGAACACGACGAAACCAUGAAGACUCCCAAAUCGGACAAACCCAUGCUGAAGCUAACGGCCAAACAGCGCCAGGACCGAAAGGAGCGCAAACGCCAGCAGAAACACGCCCGCCACGUCAAGCGCGUCCAGAAGGAGUUUGCGGAGUUGGACCGGGAGAAAGCGGCGGCAACGGCUCAGGCGGAGUUGCAGGUGCGGCAGGUUUCGGAAGUGGGUCUGAUUUCGACGCUGAGCAUUGCCGUACCGGGGUCGAUUCUGGACAACGCCCAGUCGCCCGAGCUGCGGGCGUGCCUGGCGGGGCAGAUUGCGCGGGCGGCUUGCAUCUUCCAGGUGGACGAGGUCGUCGUGUUUGACGAUUGUGGGUCCGGGAAUCAGGUCACGGAGAAAGUGGGGACGAUUGACACCGCCGAAGGAACGACCUCUGCGCGUCGUUGUUGCGUCCAGUUGGCGCGAAUCCUGCAAUAUCUGGAAUGUCCCCAGUAUCUGCGCAAGUUUUUCUUCCCGAUCCACAAUGACCUUAAGUUUUGUGGUCUGUUGGCACCGCUCGAUUCUCAGCACCACCUGCGGCAGGCCAGUGAGUUUGAGUUCCGCGAAGGAAUCGUUACCAACAAGCCGACCAAGAACGACAAGUCUUCGUUCGUGAACGUUGGUCUGCUGAACGAUGUCCUUGUGGACACAAAGUUAGAUGUUGGGGUGCGGGUCACGGUUAAAAUGCCAGCCGGGGUUGAUCUAAAGUCGAAGAAGAUUCGAGCUAUAGUUGUUCCGCCGUCGCAACCGAGACAGGAUACCGGAAUCUACUGGGGUUACACGGUCCGGAUCGCCAACUCGUUGUCGCAGGUGUUUACCAAGAGUCCCUACAAGGGUGGGUACGACUUGACUAUCGGAACAUCGGACACCGGAACCAACGUACAGGAGCUGGAACCGAAGAGCCUCAAAUACAAACAUGCUCUGGUCGUUUUCGGAGGAGUCCUUGGCUUGGAACCUGCGCUAGACAACGACGCAAAGCUGACGGUAGACAAAGUGGACAUGCUCUUCGACGAAUACCUCAACACGGUCCCCCGCCAGGGUUCGCGAACCGUUCGCACUGAGGAAGCCAUUCUGAUAUCGCUGGCCGCCCUCGGAGAAAAACUCGCCCCGGAAAAUCAACCCCGCGACUUCACCAGCUUCGAGGCCAUUCCCCAAAGUCAGGACACCGGCAUUCAGCAGUACGCCUUCAACGAAAAGCGGAAGAAACCGACGGUUGGACCACCGGCGGAAGCGACUCCCGCGAAGGAAGCCCCUAAAGCCACUUCGGACGAUGAACUGUCGCGAUUCGAUUAGUAAAUUAAA